UUUGACGUCAUUGAUAGAAGCUGGCUGUCAGAGGCGAGGUCUCUCCCCAGCAGAGAGAGCUGUUAGUCGUUUAUGUUUAUUUUUAUAUUCGUGUAGCGGCUGAGAUCAGAGUUAGCCGAGGAGCCCCCGACACACAGCUGUGCCAACCAUCCACGAUCCGAGCUUUCUUACCUAGCUUGGCCAUGGAUGAACAGGCGGGUCCCGGAGUCUUUUUUAACAAUAACAAUAACUCGGUGUUGUCCGGCAGCGGGAAAGGACCGGGGCCGCAGCCUGAAGGAGGCGGAGGGGAAGCGGCCAGGGCUCAGUACAGUAUCCCGGGGAUCUUGCACUUCCUGCAGCACGAAUGGGCCCGAUUUGAGGUGGAGAGGGCACAGUGGGAUGUGGAGCGGGCCGAAUUGCAGGCGCAGAUUGCCUUUCUGCAGGGCGAGCGGAAGGGACAGGAAAACCUAAAGAAGGACCUGGUGCGGAGGAUCAAGAUGCUGGAAUACGCUCUAAAACAGGAGAGAUCAAAGUACCAUAAAUUAAAAUAUGGAACGGAGUUAAAUCAAGGUGAUAUGAAACCACCAAGCUAUGACUCAGACGAGGGGAAUGAGAAUGAGGUUCAAGCCCCACAGAACAGCCAGCUAACAUGGAAGCAGGGGCGCCAGCUAUUAAGACAGUACCUGCAGGAGGUUGGCUACACGGACACAAUCCUGGAUGUGAAGUCUCAGCGAGUGAAAGCUCUGCUGGGUUUGGCUGGUGACGCUGUAGAGAGACCUUCGGACAAUAACCCUGAGCCCAUGUUGAACGGCACAGAGCCUUCCUUAAAGGAAACCAUAAUGAUUGGGAAACCAGAUUUGACAGACUCUGCAUCUGUCUUGGACACCUUUAACUUUCUGGAGAACGCAGCUGCAGAGUUUAGUGAUGAAGAUGAAGACGAUGACAGCGAUGGGAAAGAGAAGACCAUCAUAGAUUCUGCAACAAUUGUAAGAAGGAAGGUGUCCUCAUCUGCUUCGCCAUCCCAGUCGCUGUCAUCAGAAGCCAGCGAUGAUCACGACACAGAAGAGGCCCUGAAGGAGUUUGAUUUCUUGGUGACCACAGAUGAAGCGGAAGGGUCUGGAGAAUCGAGAAGCUCAGGAGAUGGGACAGAAUGGGAGAAGGAUGACCAGUGUCCCAUACCUGAAGGCUGGGAUGUGGAUCAAGGUUUAAUAACCAAACUCAAGGAGCAGUACAAAAAGGAACGCAAGGGGAAAAAGGGGGUGAAGAGGCCCAACAGGUCAAAGCUGCAAGACAUGCUGGCGAACCUGAGAGACGCAGAAGACCUACCCUCAGUGCAGCCCUCAGUGACCCCCCCAUCUCGACCUAGCGUGGCACGGCUCAGUGAACAUGAAACAAACAGGACGGACGAAGUGGAGGCCUUGACAUUUCCUCCAACGUCAGGGAACUCUUUCAUCAUGGGCACAGAUGAGGCUAUGGAGACUGAGCUGGGGCUGGGUGAACUUGCAGGCCUUACAGUCGCCAAUGAGGCAGAUUCACUCACCUAUGAUAUCAGUAACAAUAAAGAUGCACUGAGGAAGACAUGGAACCCCAAGUUCACAUUACGGAGUCACUUUGAUGGAAUUCGGGGUCUCGCCUUCCACCCUAUUGAACCGGUCUUAAUAACGGCGUCAGAAGAUCACACGCUCAAGAUGUGGAACUUGCAGAAAAUCGCCCCCACGAAAAAGAGUGCCUCUCUAGAUGUGGAACCUAUUUAUACAUUCAGGGCUCAUAGAGGCUCGGUGCUCUGUGUAGUAAUGAGCACCAAUGGAGAGCAGUGUUUUAGCGGUGGUAUUGAUGGGACAAUCCAGAGCUGGAAUACUCCAAACCCUAAUAUUGAUCCCUAUGACUCCUAUGACCCCUCAGUGCUGCGAGGAGCCCUCUUAGGCCACACUGAUGCUGUGUGUGGGUUGGUGUACAGCGGGGCCCAUCAGCGGUUACUCUCCUGCUCCGCAGACGGCACCGUGCGGCUAUGGAACGCUGCCGAAACUUUACCAGCCCUCACCAUAUUUAAUGAAAACAGGGAGCUAGGGAUCCCCUCUUCCGUGGACCUGGUGUGCAGUGACCCAGCGCACAUGGUGUCCUCAUUCAACAUGGGGCAGACUGGAAUCUUCAACAUGGAGACACGGCAGCUGGUUCUCAGCCUGGAGUCCAAUACAGACACUGGUACACCUUGUAAGAUCAACAAAGUGUUGAGCCACCCAACUCUCCCCAUCACAAUCACAGCACAGGAAGACAGGCACAUCAAGUUCUUUGACAACAACACAGGAAAACUGAUCCAUUCGAUGGUGGCUCACUUAGAUGCAGUAACAAGUUUAGCUGUUGAUCCCAAUGGCUUGUACCUGAUGUCUGGCAGUCACGACUGCUCUAUCCGCUUGUGGAACCUAGACAGCAAGACGUGCAUCCAGGAGUUCACGGCUCACCGCAAGAAAUUCGACGAGUCUAUCCAUGACGUGGCGUUCCACCCGUCCAAGUGUUACAUUGCCAGCGCGGGAGCCGACGCCCUGGCCAAAGUCUUUGUAUGACACAGCGUGCCGCUCAACCCUUCUGGCCCUCUGUACUAGCUAGAUUAGGCAAAUGGAACCAACAAAGAAGGGGAAGGGGGUGGGGCUUAAGGGUGGGGGUUUGGUAUCUCCCUGACCAAUCAGCUCUGCCCCUUGUAGCUCAUUGUUGGCUCUGCUGGUGGACUUCUCCAGAUUUGCCCUGUUUAAUUCCAGCUCAAGGGCCAUGUAGUUUAGAUUGUCUGUAAUAAAACACAGCUAACUAUGGAGCUGUGCUCUUCAUCCAUCCAGGCAGGCCUGGGUGAUACUGGGCUUGUGUGAAUCAUGUGAACUUUAUUGAGAUGUUAGGGAUGAAUAGAACAGUAGUUGCAUAAACCAAGGGGCAAUGGGAGAUUUUACCUUCACGGUUUCGCAUAAGAAAAUGGGGAGGGGUUGAGGAAGGGGUGUUCUCUUUUUGAUAUUGAGAGACCUAUGGUGUGAACAAAAGUAUCAAAAAGUGUCCUCCUUUUGGAGAUUUUAGUAAUUCUGGUGACAACAAUAUGGGGGGUGUGGGGGGGGUGGGGUAUGUAAAAUCAAAAAUAUAUAUUAAUAUUAAUAAUAACAAUAAAAUCAUAUAUCCUUUGUGAAAUCCUUAAACUGGGUUAAAAUCUGAAUUCAGGUUUUGUUUUUCCUUCUGUAUUUUUUUAUUCCAGAUUCCCUGUGAGGGGGAAAAAAAUCUAUAUCAAUUUAAUUUGCUUUGGACUGCUUAAGUCUGUUAACUGAGAAUCCAGCUUAUGUGAAUGAAACCUUGCAUAAUAAACAAAUGCUUAGUGACUAGCAACACAGAAAAGUCAGAAAUAACAGGUUGGAAAAGGGCAUAUAAGAUCCAUUUAUAUAUAUAUAUAUAUAUAUAUAUGGUAUUAAAAAAAGGUAGCAAUGCAACAUCAUCUAAUUCAUAUCUCAUCUAGAUUGAUAGUAAAAAGCUUAUGAAAAGGAAGUGUACUGUAUUUUUGCAAAAUAAAUUGAUAUUUUGCAUUUGAAAAUUCACUGAAAUCCUGCUGUCACCACCAUAUUUUUUUCUCCUAAAACUGAUUGAUUUUUCACGUAAUGUUGAUCAGAUUUCUAAAAAUGUUACACUGUUCAGUUUUUGAAAGCAUGAAAAAGUGCAGGAUUUUUUUUAGACAACACAAAUGGUUUCAAUGUGUGUGUGUGUGUGUGUGUGUGUGUGUGAUGUGUUUUUAUCCUUUUGUUUAUUUGAUUUAGUCUCAUAACAGUUGAGGUUUUUAAUUUAGAAUCUGUUUCCUCAUUUCAUCGUCAAUCUACUAAGCUCAUUGAGGUGUUUUGGAUAUGUUCAGUCUGUCACUCCUAAACCCUAUACCCUGUUUAUUCAGUAGAGAGAGAGUAGCAGUACCUGAGUUUGCCUCAAUUUGGUGAUGCAUGUUGUUGGCAACCUGACUUCAUGGGCAGGAUUAAACAUUUUACAGCUGCUUUCUGGACAACAGUGAAACAUUGGGGAAGUAACGUCCUCUUUUGAGCUGGGGGUGGAAGUGGGAACACAAGUAACAUGAGUGUGUCCUAUAUCCCAUGACAAGCUGCAUUAAGAGUAGUUUGCAGUGAUGAAAGGUGUAUUUUGUUAUGUUUUUGCAUUAUACUUCACAUAUAAUUUGAGUUGCUUUUAUAAUUUUCUGUAUCAGUUGUAAAAGAUGAAUAGCAAAAACAAGAGAUAUAAUUAUGCCAACAUGAUUUAAAAUAAAAUAUCUACAGUGCAAUCUGAAUGUUUUAAGAGAAACAAAGUUCACCUUACAUGUUCCCACUAUAAUUGGGAUGUUUGCAGUGCCUGAUUAACAAGGGAAUUCAUAUAUAAAUAGGACCUACAUUCAUGAAUAAGUAACUGUUUAUGCUGAAUGUGUAAAACUUUAUUUACACACACCUCCUGUAUUUGGAGCUGUGUGUAUUUAUACAGUUAGAUAUGUGUUAGGCACUUAAAUAUACACUGACAUUUUAUUUGCAAUACUAGGUAUAUAUAUCACCGUCUUAAUAUGUGGGUCUUUGGCCCAUUAACAUCCAUAUUUUGAAUGUCUGGUUUCUCUGCAAAAAUAUAUUUAGAGUUUUUUAAAAACUAUAUCUAUUGUAAACAUUCUGUUCAGUGUUCCAGUACCUUUGUAGCAUGAGAACAUUUCCAGCUACCUUUUACUAACUUUAUUUUUGUAUUAACAAUGUCAGUGAGUUCGUGUACACAGAGGACUAGGGUGUGGGUAUUAAAUAAAGUGUUGCUCUAUUUAACUACAGUUAUUACCAUUUGAGUUGCUUUUAUAAUUUUCUGUGUUUUACUUGAAAAAAGGAAGUUUUUGAGGUGUUUGCUAUCAAUAUUCAAUUCAAAAAUAUUUCUGUGAAGGUCUGUCUUUAAGUAAAGGGCAAUAUGCCUUCAAAAGACAAAAAAAAAAAAAAAAAGAAAAACAACAAAA